AUGAACGGCGAUGCAAAUCUGGUGGCCUGUCUGGUGGACAGGCUGACAACGAGGCUCCCCCACCGCACCGGCACGCCGACCCAGGACCUCUCCCAAGACGAUAUCGUCUCCAUCACUCGCUCCACGCUCAUCAAGAUCAGCGCUUCCUCCAUUGGCCACGUUCUCGAUGCCCUUCUUGCUCUGCUCGAGGACCUCAGGCGCUCCCACAAAGACGUCUUUUCCCACCCGCCCCAUGUGCUGCUCUCUGAGCUCUACGUUCUUGAGCUUAUCGCCGACUGCUGUGCCAGCAACUGGUACCGUCUGAAAGGGUCCAGCAUCGGGUCCGACGGGCCCUUGUCCCCUUCGCAGCGAGCCGCUUUGCCCCCUCCUGAGGCACUCACCGAUGUGCAGCUCAACCGCAUAUUCGAGGUCAUCAAGGUGCUGUUCGAUCCCAUCCCAGAUGGCUACACACUCCCGGCCAAAGCCAUACUGGACGAUUCAUCCGCCAGAGACAUAACGUACCCUCCCUCUGAAGAGCCCACACGAACGCCGCUCUCCACCUCGUCCGGCGAGCCUCCGGAGACCGAAAAUCUCCUCCAAGCCCAUGCCGGUGCCAUCGAGACCAAUAUCAAACUCAUAGUCGAGUACAUGACCGCCUCAACCUGGUCCGCCACCUUCGACUUCUUCCGUAACGUCAUGUACGCGGCCCGCAAGAACUUGCCUGCACAGACCAACGCCACCCCAAACGCCGCUGCGGCCGAGGAGGAGCGUACCGCGCUCGUCAUGAUGCGCCUCGUCUCCUUCUUCUGGGUCGACAGCCAGAAACUGAGUCUCGUCGUCCAAGAGUUCUGCUCCAGCUUUUUGCACUUUCGCAAGUCCUUCCAAAACACCAUUGCCAUCGUCAUGCCCCAGAUUAUCACCCGCUGGCUGGACCGAUACCCGGCCGAGUUCGUCCAGCUGCACUCGAUGCACAACCCGAAGCGCCGCGAGGCAGGGCCCGAUACGCUGUUCGAUAUGACCUUGACGAUAGGCGACACGGGAAGGCGAAAGGCCCUGCUGUAUCCGAUGCAGAUGACGCUGCUGUUCCUGCAGCCGGACGUGUUUGAGGUUGCCAGCAACUUGCGCGAGUCCAAGGCGACUGGCAUAGCCAAGAAGGUGCAGUUCCUGGACGGCCUAAGGAAGGCCCUCCGAAAUCGCAACGAACAGGCGGCCUACUGCCAUGUGCUGCUCUUGCGAGUGGCGAGGCACUUUGAUGCCGAGAGCGACUCGGCCCUGAUGAGCUAUGCCAUGGACGUGCAGGACGAGGUCCGCGACGCCGUCUUUAGGCGGUUUACCCCAGGCACAGAAAGCGCCAUCUUCGAGCAGGACAUCAUGACGGCCGCAUUUGUGUCGCUGACCCAUCUCAACUUUGAGCACUCGGUCGAGUCGCUCGCCGUGACUUGUCUUUCGUCAUCUGCCCCGCAGAGCUUCAAGAUUGCCGUCGUCCAGGCAUGUGCUCAUUUCGCGCGGUUGGAGAAUAGUCAGAGGUAUCAGCCCCUCUUCACAACGGCCAGUGCCUUUGUCCAGGGGCAACUUCAGACCAUGUCCGACCUCCUGGCCGAGGGAUACAUUGAAGAUCAGACGGCUCAGCGCAAGGCGGCCGAGAGCGCCUCCUCGAUCAACAUGGUUUGCAACAUUCUCAAUUUCCUCAACGCCUCGCCCAUGACGCUCUUUGAAGGCCCGCCUAGGGACCGGGCCGAUCGCGACCGCUUUUACGAGGAAAAUCUCGCUGCCCUUGUCUCAUGCGUUGUUGCGGCGGAUGAGACAGUCAGGCGCCUGGCUACGGGUGUUGCCAGGCGCUUGUUUGCGAAGGAUCAGGAACUGUUUCUGUCGACGCUGAGAGCUUCCAACGGGCUGGCUUCGAAGGCGUUCAAAACAAAGUUCUGGCGUCUCACGUCCCUUAUUGUUCUCUCGAUUUGUGACAACCUGAGGCUGCCCUGCUCCGCCGAUGCGCUCAGGUCUAUCAACUCAUACCUUGAGUCGAGGGUGCUCCUCCUAAUGUCGAUCCCGGAAUUGGGCCAAACGUCUGAUGAGAUUCCCGAGCGCACUGCUGCCUCCUCCAAGCUGGAAACCAUCUUCCUUGUGUCACUCUGCUCGGCAGAGAUUGAAGCCUGCCCGAUGGUAACCUCGUGCAUUGGCACCCUCCUUGAGGAAUGCCGCCUCAUCGACAAUGCUCCGACGGCCGCGAAGUCAUCUCUGACGCUCCUUCGUAAUGGCGAGAUCUUCGGUGAAAUCUCGUCCCGUGAUUUCAGAUUUACAGGAUUGGUUGCGUUCCAGAAGAGAAUUAGAGCACUCUUGAGACGCAUGCAGUACCCCAGCGCCGGUAUACUCGACGCCUGGGAGCUGGUGUUUGAGAAGUGGCUUCACCUCUCCAAGGACAUUUCUCAGGCGGGCGGCGGCGAAGGCGUCACUGAGAGGAUGGUUGCCGAGUGGCGGAACUAUUCAGGCUUCCUCGCCUCCCUGGGAGGGAUUUGUACUGCAGAGCAGGCUGCCAACCUGGAGGAACCUGCCAUCAGCGGGCUGAAAUGGAUCGACCGCCUGUCGUCCGGGAAUGACGAGGAGCCCCUCCUGGCGCGGUUUCUCAGGCUGAGCAUCCAAUUGCUGGCUUGUGCUAAUGUCCGUGUCCGCGAGACCAUGAGAGACGUCUUGUCUAGCGAGGUGCCACCCUCACUUUUCCAGCCCCUAUUCAAGGCGCUUGAGACGGAGCUCGAUGUGCUCUUCACUGGCGCGCUGGAGCCAAGUGUCAAGGGCCAAGAAAACGACAUCAUCUUUGCUGAGCAGUCGUCCUCACUCCUGAAGGCUCUCGUUGAGCGACUCGAUACCCCGUCAGACCUCGGCGCAGCAUCGAGUCUGCACCUGGGCGCUCUUUGCCUCAACUUCGCCAAGUUCCUCGACGGUGUCUCUGACACGGCAAACAGCCUUCGCGUCAAGAUUAAGAUCUGCCAGCUUGUUGAGGCAGUCACCAAGCGCAAGGAGCAGCUCAACCUGCGCGAUGAUGUCCGCAUCCGAAACCAACUGCUCCAGUACAUCUUCAGCUGGAUUGCCCGGCCGCGUUCCAACCCUGACGAUUCUUCGCCCCAUGCCGUUAGCCGACAAGACGAGAUGACGCGCGUCCAGCGAGACCUUGACAAGGCCUGUCUACGCUCCCUUUCAACGGUCACGUUUCGGUUACCUCUUCAGCCCAGUGAUGGGCAGACGGACGCCGGUAUGAGCGAGCUCAAGGCCAAGUUGUUCCACCAGUACUUCAACCGGUUUCUGUCCCUGCUCAACAUGGAUCUUAACGGGCCUGAGAUGGGGCGGCUGGGUGAGCACCAGCAUCACAACGGGUAUCACGGCCAUCACCACUUUGGAUCGACCGGCAGUGGCGCGGCGACUACCCAGGAGGCGUCGACGUCGGAUUUGACGAUUACCAUCUUGUCUAAUUUGCUCAGUGCCAAUAUUGAUGUGGGGCUCAAGCACUCGCUGAGUAUUGGCUAUCAUGACAAUCCCGACAUCAGGACUGCCUUUGUCAGGGUGUUGUAUAAUAUUCUGGUGCAGGGGACCGAGUUUAACAACUUGAGUGACGCGGCCGUGAACGAGAAGUAUGAUGCGCUGUUGGAGCUUCUCGUCAGCGACCCGAGCUUGGCGGCAGCCAUGAGCGCUGUCUGUCCCAGCCAUGAGGUCGACGAGCUCACCAUUUCGCUAUUGAAUAUCUUUGAGGCGAGGGGCCUGAGCUUUGUGCUGCUUGAGGUGUUGAUUAAGCAGGAAAUUGAGGAGACAGAAAACGAGUCGGAGCUUCUCCGAAGGACGUGUGUGGCCACCAAGAUGUUGUCCAUCUACGCCAAAUGGAAGGGCGUCGGCUACCUCAAGGACACGCUACAGAAUGUCGUUGAUAGGCUCAUGAUGACUUCUAAGGAGUUGAGUCUCGAGCUGGAUCCCACGAGAGUCAGCUCGGCAGAGGAGCUGGAAACCAACAUGGAGCACCUGCAAAUAGUUGCCAAGGUCUUCAUCGAGAAUAUCUGUGGCUCGGUAUCCAAGAUUCCAGCAUCGUUUCGCCAAAUCUGCAGUAUUAUCUCGACAGCGGCCGUGGAAAGGUUUCCAGACGCAAAGUACACGGCUGUCGGGGCGUUCAUCUUCCUCCGUUUCUUCUGCCCUGCCAUUGUCGCACCCCAGGCCGAAGGUCUGGUCUCGACGCCGCCUUCGAAGGAAAUGCGUCGUGGCCUGUUGCUCAUCGCCAAGGUCAUCCAGAACCUAGCGAACAACGUCCUUUUCGGCGCCAAGGAGCCGUACAUGUUUCCGCUGAUUGACUUUCUGACCAACAACAUUUACAAGGUCACAACGUUUCUACGAGAGAUCUCGGUUCCGCCAGAGAAAAUCGAGAGCACUAUCAAUGAGUCGUUCGACUUUGGUUCUUGUGUGGCCCUCCACAGGUUUUUGUACGAACACUGGGACCACGUUCGCCAAAGGCUGGUCUCCAAGGAGAGGAGGGACCUGGUCCGCUCGCCGGCCGAGUCAACGAGGAGCAGGUCCCCGGUACUCGAGCCCCUGAGGAACCUCAUCAUGAACUUGGGGCCCCCGCCGAUGGCAGUGACGUGGAAUCGGCCGCAGAUCUCGGCCAACAGUCCGCCGUCUUACUCGAGAUUCCAAGACUUCAUGCUCCGCAAUGCUUUCCGCAGCACGGAGUCCUUCCUCACAGCCCGAGCCGUGUACGACGGCGGCGAGAGCAAAGAUGGUCUGUCCAUCAUCUGCAUCAUCCUCCGCAACAUCGACGGCGAAUCGAUUGACUACGACACGUUGAUAUAUUGUUAUCUCAAGAUCGCCAGCCGGCUAUGGCACCGCCCGUUUGGCCUCCUCAUUGACGCCACCUGCUACAAUGGGCAGAACGAGCCGAAGGAUGAGUUCUUCCAGAAAUUGGAGCUGCUUACGCCCACGGAACUCUCUCGACAGCUCACCCGGAUCUACAUUUACAACAUGAACACGGCUUCCAAGAAGUGCAUCAGACGCAUCGUUAGGGUUUCCUCCAAGAAUGAAACCAGCGUGUUUAGCCCCACGAACGUCGCAUACCAUCUCAUUGGCAGUCUGCAAGACUUGCAGGCUCACUUCCACCUUAGCCAGCUCCAUCUUCCCAAGGAGACAAUUAGCGUAGUGACCGACACUCGAUAUGUCUUCCAGCCCAUCACCAGGCUGUCGAAGUCCAAAGGGAAGAUCGAUGUUGUCAUCAAGGUUGGCAGUCAGUUUGUGCAGGUCACCACUACCAAGAAGCAGGAGAUCCCCGGCUCCCACUUGAGCACGACAGUUAAUGAUAUCUUCCGGCUGAGCGACGUGGACGAGGCGCCCACUUCCAUCCAAACCGAGGAUGACUCGGCGUUUGGCUUGAGGGCCGACAACGGCAGGAUCGUCAUGUACUUUACCAGCCCGAAGAAGGGCGAUGUCCUGCAGGCGAUUCGCGUCGCCAAGGCGAAAUACGCCAAGGACAUGAGGGCUGCAAAACCGUUCGAGCGGUUGAUCAGGCCACAGGAUGUGCCGGGCACGCUGCUGAAUCUGGCUCUCACCAACCUUGCCACGCCGGACCCUGUGCUGAGACUGUCGUCGUAUAACCUGCUCAGCGCGCUGUGCAAGGCGUUCAAGUUCACGGCGGCUUCCAAGCUCUUGAGUUCGAGGGACGUAUCCGUCCCCCUGGAGCCGUCGUGGUUCAUCAUAAAGAUCAGCGAGAGCCUGGCGCGGACGGAACCGCAGCUGACGGCUGAUUUCCUGAACGAGUUCUUCGUCGGGUGGGAUAGCUUCCUGGAUGAGCAGAAACCCUUGAGCUUGGCCUACAUGGCCCCCUGGAUACCUGGCCUGCGAACGUCGCUGCUGCCGGCCGAGGCGGAUAGCGACAAGGGAAGGGAGAAGAUUGCAGCUCUGUUCAGGAAGCUGAUCGACAUUGCGCUCCAGGACCCGACGCUGACCUUUGCGCUGGAGCAGUCGGUGUGGCCUGUCAUUUCCAAGGAUGAGGUGUUGCUGGAUAUACUCUUCGAAGAGAUUAUCAAGGCUGCGCUGAGCCAUGGGUUCGAGGACGACCAGACCGAGACGCUGACGGCGCUUGCUAACUCAAUUGGCACCAUUACCUUGAGGGGGAAGAUCAUCUCGCGCCUGCGAAAGGUCUUGAAUCGGUCGUCGCUGCGGCCAACAAAGUAUCUGCCUGAAAAUGCGGUUUGGGAUGAGCUCUGCGUGAUACUGCAGUUCUGUGUGGCGCUGUCGUUUGACAGCGGCGUGCAGGCGCAAAUGUACCUGCCGGAGAUCUUCCACAUCGUCACGAUGCUCGCGAAUACGGGCAUGCCCGAGGUCAGGGUCGCCGUCCAUCGGUUGCUGAUCAACACGCUCCACUCGGCGUGCACCUCGUUUGCUCUUGACGAAAUAAAGCUUAAUAAGCUCAGGGCAACGCUGGAGACGCUGUCGGAUCCAAAGAAUGAUAUUUUUGUCAACUCGGUGACGUUCAUGCGGGAUGGGGCGUCGAUAUCGACCAACCAGGAGGCCGGACCUACCCUCGUCGCCACGGAGCACCUGGCUACGAUUCUGUUCGAGACGUGCGCGGUCGCUGCGCCCUCCGUUGAGGUCGCAAAUGCCUGGCGCUCGCGAUGGAUGAGUCUCGUGGCCAGCACGGCUUUCCAGAACAACCCAGCCAUCCAGCCGCGCGCCUUCACUGUCAUGGGAUGCCUCGCGCGCGAGGAGGUGGAUGACGACCUGCUGUACCAAGUCCUCGUCGCGCUCCGCAAUAGCGUUGGCCGCUUCGGUGAGGACAGCAACAGCGACAUGCUUGUGGCCAUCGUCACCUCUCUCUCCAAAAUGAUGGCUAAGCUACCUUCGGCAUCCCGCUACGGCCUGCAGCUGUUCUGGCUCGCCAUCUCGCUGCUGCGCCUGGUCCCGUCCAACCUGUUCAACUGCACCGCGCUCUUCCUCGAGUCGGUCAUGACCAACAUCAGCACAACCACCGACCUGCACGGCGGGGCCAAGAUGGUCUUUUACCUGCUCCAGGGCAGGACACAGCUCGACGAUGCGGCUGGCCCGCUUGAUGAGACUUAUGGUAUCCACUUCAACAGCGAAAACUUCCACUACGCAGCCUGCGCGUGCUUGGUGCGGGGGCUGACGGACAGUGUGACCAAGACCACGGCGCUGCGGGUCUUGUCUACGUUCUUGGAGAUGACGCUCACCCCUAGCGGCAGGAGCAGCAACGCGGGUAGUGCGGCGGGCGCUUCUGCCGAGAGGAACAUCGGCGAGCUCAUCGUGUCGCCCUACAUGGCACUCAUCCUGGCGCGCACCACGACGGCCGAGGAGCUGCGCGAGCACCUCUGGGCGGCGGGCAUCAACGUCAGCGCCACGGCCCUGCUCGACCCGGCCAGCCUGCGGGCGGAACAGGACCUGUCGCUGCUGAAGGAUAAGGACCUGCUGCUCAACACUGCGAUCGAGCUGGUGGACUUCCAGUACCUGGAGGAUGCGGUACAGAACCGCAGUCUGCAGUGGCUCAAUCGGAUUGCGCUGGCCCGGCCGGGGGUUGUGAUGCAUUUGUGCGCACCGAUCAUCUCCCUCCUCGACGACAUCCUCCAGCACUCGCAGUCGUCGGCCACGCUUGAGGCGGCGCACGCGCUGCUGCAGACGCUCACGUCCAACCCCAAGUUUGCGAGCUCGCUCGACAGCUCGGCGGCCAUGCUGGACGAGCUGCUCGAGGGCAUGGGGUUCGCGGGCCUCUGGCGCAGCUGCUCGUUUAACCUCGUCCAUGAGCAGCAGCAGGACCGGGCGUGUUUUGCGUUGACGGAGAAGUUGAUUGAGGUGAGUUUCUGUUCUUGGUCUUAA